AUGUUAGAACUGGCAGAGAAGCUUCAGCAGAGCAAGCAAGAGAGUUCUCGGCAGGUGCUCGACUUGCAGGCACAGCUUGAGGAGGUGACUGCCUCCAGGGAAGAGAUGCACAACUACAUCCGGGAGCUGGAGCAAUCCAAUGAUGACCUGGAGCGCGCAAAGAGGGCAACUGUGGCAUCCCUUGAGGAGUUUGAGUCCAAGCUCAAUCAGGCAAUUGAGCGCAAUGCGUUCCUUGAGAGCGAGCUGGAUGAGAAGGAGGCCAUGAGCUUCAUGGUGCAACGACUCAAGGAUGAGGCACGAGAUCUGAAGCAAGAGCUGAUGAUCCAGCAGAGCUCUGUGCAUAAGGAACAGAGCAGCUUUGGGCCUGACUCGCCACUGGUGCAGCGUCGGGAUUCAACAGGGGGCACCACACCCCUGAUCCCAGCCAGGGCCCAUCAUAGCCGCAUCCUGGGCAUGUCUGACUCUAACCGACUGGCCACAGAAAAGGCUGCCAGCAAUGGAACGGCACAGCAGCUGCCAUUAGGUAUGGGCUCAUCUGGCCAGACACCACUGACCCCUUCAGCACGAGUCUCUGCGCUCAACAUCGUCGGCGACCUCCUACGCAAAGUCGGCACCCUGGAGUCCAAGCUGGCGUCGUGCCGCAACUUUGUCAAGAGCCCCCAGAAGGAGGACGCUGAAGGGACAGCAGCAGGACUGGCCGUGGGGAGGACUCACCUGAAGCAACGUGCAUUGUCAAGUCCUCAAGAAUUUGUGCCGCUUGCAUUCUAGCCAGCUUGGAACUGACGUCAAUGAGCAGCGCAAGGAAGGGCGACGCAUUUUGUGUGUUUGCAGCUGUGUUCCCUGCGUGGACUUUGUCGGAGCCGCAGAACACGGCUCUUUCAUCUGUCCAAUUCCAUUGCAUGUAAUAAAAAUAGUAGUGCACAUGAAGGAGGAGGUCCCACGGUUUAUAAAUCAUUGACGGGACCUCCCGUCCAAGUAAAAUGCACCGCACCAAGGAAACGAAGACGACCAUAGAUGCUUUGGAACAUAUGUAGUGCCUCCCAGAAAUAUGUUGCUGAAAGAGCCUUUUGAAAAGACCUGUAGUAUUAUCGGUGAUCUUACGAGCGCACUGUUCCCAAAUCCCCCUCUACAUUCCGAAGGAGCUGCUGCCCCGUAACACUUUGUUGAAUACAGUAGAACAGUUUUACCAUUGUGUUCGUUGCAUUUGCCUGUUAUGGGCGCCCUGUAUGUAUUAUAAUGGCUUUUAGUCCUCCGUAAACCCAAACGCAAGGGAAUCGCGCUGCCAAAAUGAUGCGCAAAUUUUACUUCCAUGUUCUGGCUGAAAUAAAAAAGAUCGCUUAGGUUCUCUUAUUCACUCUCUAAAAAAGCCUGAAACGUUGCGCAGAAUUAGUUUGUACGUGCCUGAAUGGCCACUUGAGCUACGCGUGACGACCCAUUAAAAAUUGAACACGAAGUGACAGGAAGCAGCUUCAGGCCAGGCACGGUUUUGCCAAUAAACAAUCUAACGCUUAACAUAAAAAUGAUGUUUCACGCAGUGGCGACAGCCGAAGGCCAUUGCGUACGCAAAGAUAUGCGUACCCCAUUCUCGAUAAAUAGCCAGGCAAGGAAGUACAGCGUUGCAGGCAAUACUUUUAGAGAGUGCCGAUAAUUGCAGCAUUCAAUCGCAGUCCAAUUGUUCGGGCUUGACCGAAUAUGAGCAGACAGCCGCUUUCCCAUGCAAUUGCGCAGUUCUUUCCAAAUUCGAGAUGCGCAUCUUUACAGACGUGGUCAGUUGACCGAUGGCAGCUCUCUCAGAAUCUCACGGCCCACCUGCGUAUGAAAACAAGAAAGGGGUCACAUUUCCGCUUCAACACACGCACGACUGCAGCACUUGAGAUGCUACGUAUUUCCGCGAAAAAGACUGGUUUCAAAAUAUUUGUUGCUGUUAUGACACCGAUCAUAUUUUGUUAAUUUUAGAUACGAACCUUGAUGCGAUAAGUUAUGGCUCCCGUUAGUAAUACGUUUUGUUAUGUUUCAGAUUCACUGUGCUGUAUUCAGUCAGGGCAAGUGCAUUAUUGCUGGGACACUUUUGAAUCAACGCACAAUAAAAAAAUGAUGUACGUGGUGCCGAUUUCCUGUGUUUGCACAAUGUCUUUGAUAUGUAUGUCUUGAUUUAUUUAAUAAUUUCCUAAAGGUACUGAAUGCUUGGCGAGCUGGUAUUUCAUGUCGACAAAUGAUGGCACGAGGAUGGAAGCAUAGCCAAAAGGAAUGGACCUUGCGUUAUCAUCCAAGCACAAGUGGUACUUGGAAGAAAAGACCUGGUGUAUACAGUAUUUACAGUGCAUGUUAAUUGGUCUCCGCACUAGACAUUUUGAGCGUGUGAUUUUGUGGUGUACAAUAAACAAGUUGAAUCCA